UCGUUACCACCUCUAAUACACGUGCGCCUGUUUUGAUUUCUUGUAAACAAAAAUGCUUUUAAACUAAUAGUUUUAGCCGCAGCCAGUUGAAUAAGCCAAAAUAUGUCGCGAAUUAUAGUUAAACAACUCCCCAAGCAUAUUACCGAAGACAAACUGCGUCAGAUUUUCGGUGCCCAGGGAACGAUUACGGAUCUUCAGCUGAAAUACACGCCCGAUGGAAAGUUCCGACAGUUCUGCUUCGUGGGCUAUAGCUCUGAGGAGGAGGCCCAAUCGGCCAUCCAACAUUUCAACAACACAUGCAUCCAAACCAGCCGGGUGCGCGUAGAGGCCUGUGCCGCUUUGGGCAGCGAGGAUAAGCCACAAUCCUGGAGUAAGCAUGCAAAAGACAGUAAGAAAAAUCUAGACAAACUAAAGGCAAUCGAGGAGGAGGCGGCGAAGGCCAAUGAGUCAAAGAAAAAGAGCAAGGAGAAAAAGGACAAGGUGGAACAGAUUUUGGGAAGGCACAAAGAUGAUCCAGAGUUCCAGGAGUUUCUGCAGGCGCAUGACAAGUCGCGUACCUUGUGGGGUAACGAUUUGGGUGUAAAUAGCAAGCAGGAGGAUGAAGAGGAGCAAGAAGAACCACCAGCUGGAAGGGAUGACAGCGGGGUAGAUGCAGAUGCAGGGGAUGAUGAUGUUGCCGAUGAGGAUGUGGAAGAUGAUGAAGAAGACUCUGGUAAACUGGCAGAGAAGCCCAUCAGCGAUCUAGAGUACAUGAAAUCCCUUAUGGCCACCAAAUCGGGGGAUAGCACCGCAAAGAAAUCCAAACCCAAGGCGGAUAAAUCUAACCUGGAGUUGUUUACAAUCAAAAUUCAGAAUGUGCCCUACACCACGAAACGUCAAGAAGUGCUGAAGUUUUUCAAGCCGCUUAAACCCUACUCCGUCCGACUGCCUACCAAUGUUCACGGGUUCUGCUAUGUGGGCUUUAAAACGGAAAAAGACAUGGCCAAGGGUAUGCUCAAAAACAAGAGCUUUAUCAAGGGCAAGCAGGUGUUCUUUACCGACUUUACCGAACAGAACAAGUUGACUAAGGCGAUCAAGAGUGGAAAACAAGUAGCACCAGUCGCCGCACGUGCCGGCAAUGCAAAGUGGAAGCAGCAACAGGAAAGUUUGUCCAAAGAAGAUAACAUUUCCGAGUCUGGCAGAAUAUUCUUCCGGAAUCUGGCUUACACCACCACAGAAGAGGAGCUGCGCAAGGUCUUUGAACAAUUUGGUCCCGUGGUAGAGGUUAAUCUGCCGCUAGACAAACUCACUCGGAGAAUUAAGGGCUUUGGAACUGUUACGUACAUGAUGCCAGAGCACGCAUUAAAGGCUUUUAAUACUCUAGAUGGCACGGAUUUCCAAGGACGUCUCUUGCACCUGCUCCCUGGCAAGGAUAUUGAAAAAAAUGCACAAGAGGAUUUGGAUGAAAACGAUGCCAGUCUCUCUUUCAAAGAAAAGAAGGCAUUAAAACUGAAGAAGAACGCACAGAAACCCAUUGGCUGGAAUACACUGUUUCUAGGUGCCAAUGCUGUUGCGGAAAUUCUAUCCAAGCAAUUCAAGACAUCUAAGGAACGGAUCCUGGACACCAAUGACGGUGGCAGUGGAGCCGCUGUUCGUCUGGCCUUAGGAGAAACCCAAAUCGUCAACGAGAUGAAGCGUUUCCUGGAGGAAGAAGGCGUUCGGCUGAAUGCAUUCGAUCAGCCUGCAAAGAAGCGCUCCAAUACUGUGAUACUGGCUAAGAAUUUGCCGGCGUCCACCGAACCUUCGGAACUAACGCCCAUCUUCAGUCCUUUUGGUCCGAUUGGCAGAAUUGUGCUGCCUCCCAGUGGGGUAACUGCACUCAUCGAGUACUGUGAUCCCUUUGAGGCAAGGCAAGCUUUCAAGAAGUUGGCCUAUAGCAAGUUCAAAAAUGUCCCACUCUUUUUAGAGUGGGCUCCCGAUCAGGUAUUUACCAGGACUCUUAGUGGAGAGCCAGUGAUUCCCAAAUCGGAACCAGAACCCAAGGAAGAAGUUAAGCAAGAGGAGAAGCAUGAAAUUGAGGAAGUGAAAGAGGAGAACGAUGAUCCUAGAGCAGAGGAUGCGGAUGAUGAGCCCGAACCAAAUACCACACUCUUCCUGCGCAAUCUUAACUUCAAGACCGUGAAGGAAACUGUUGAAAAGCACUUCCAGCACUUGGGUAGCAUACACACCGUGGAGAUAGCCAAACGAAGAGAUCCCGAAAAUCCUCGGAACUUUAAGUCCCUGGGCUACGGCUUUAUCCAGUUCAAGAAGUCAUCAGUAGCAGAGCAUGCUCUUAAGAACUUGCAGCUCACGCACAUCGAUGGCAAUCCUGUGGAACUUAAGCGCAGCGAUCGGGUACUCAAGACUCAAGACAAUGAGGGAGCCCAGCGUCGGCUGGCCUCGCAGAAGAAGCAAACUGGUACGAAAAUCUUGGUGCGGAAUAUUCCCUUCCAGGCGCAAUACCGCGAAGUUCGCGACAUAUUUAAGGCCUUUGGCGAGCUUCGUUCUUUACGUAUUCCCAAAAAGGCUACAAACGGCGAGGAGGCGCAUCGUGGUUUCGGUUUUGUUGACUACGUAUCUAAGGCGGAGGCCAAACGGGCGUUCGACGCCCUGAGCGCUAGUACGCAUCUGUACGGUCGUCGUUUGGUCCUCGAGUGGAGCGCCAACGAUGACAACCAGGACGUAGAAGAGCUGCGCAAGCGGACGGCUGCGAAAUUCGGUGACAGUCAGGCAGCAGCGGCGGCCAAACGCAGCAGGAAAUCCUUCUUCGAUGUAGAGUCCAGUCUCCAGCCGAAUCAAGAUGAGGACGAGGACGAAGACGAGAAGUAAUCUUAAGCUUAAAGUUUGAUUUGAUUUGAUGUAUAAAGUACAAGUUAUAAUACAAACAAAUUAUAAUUUUAUAAAAUCGAAA